AGGGGAUGGAGGUUGCAGUGUGUCGUCAUGGAUUCCUUCUGAAAGCUCUUAAUAUGUACAGAGGGGAGAUAUUUGCCUACCCUCUGUAUCUUCAGAAGGAGCUCAUGCCAGCCAAGGCACAAUUCUUUGCAAUGGAUGUAGCAUGCAAAUAUUGGCCGUACUUGGAGAAAGCUGCUAGUGUCCUUCCUGCCCUUAAGGAGCUGACCAGAAUGAAGCCUUUCCUCAGUGUGAUGCAUGCUCGAGCCCAUGCUACUAAGUGUGAAAUUAAAUGGAGUGGUAGGAACCAGGAAGGAGCGGGGACAACCGCCGGUGAAGAGGUUGAGCAAGUGAACAGCUACCUCUCACGUUGUGCCCUAACUACCAAAUAUAUGUCCAAAGCAGCACGCGUGGACAUGCUUACAUUGCAUGCGAUGGGGUGGAACCACAAAAAACAUCUCUCUCUACAUCAGUCACUUUCAACAAGAUAUGUGAAGACUUGUCAGAGACUCCGGGAUGAAACAGCAAGGCUAGCUGAACUGAAAACUGAGUUACUUUGCUCAGAUGAACUGGUGUCACAGUGGCUCUCUGAUGUGAAGGAAUGGGCAGCUGGCGAGACACCAGAUACAUCUAAUGCCAGUCGAGGCGCCACACACAGAGGACUUCAGCAGUCAAUUGAAGGGCUUUACCUUAGUGUGAGGCAGCGGAAGCAAACCCUUUACCGUCAGAAUGACAGCAGCAAGCUUCGCCACCGCCUUCGAAGGAAGCUGGCAGAGGACAAAAAGCUCCUUCUUCAGGAGAUAGACAAAUAUAACGGUCUUGUACUAAACACUGCAACUAACAUUGAUGUAGCUGUGGUGGAGCAUUCCCUGACUGGAGAGAGCACUGUGUCUCAGAUAUGGCCGUGGGAGGUUCAUGGCAGUGCAAACAUUUCAAUCAAGAAACAACUGCAUGACCAAGUGAUGUCAACAAUGCGACUUCAAGAGGAAAAAGGCAUUUUGGUGUUGGAGAUGGCACAACACUGCACAUGGUUGCAGAGCCUGGCAGUGCUUCUGAAGAACAAGAUAUCUGAGGAGGACAACGAGGGACUUUGCUGUGUCUUAAGAAGAAGACUGUCAGAGGUGUCAGAAAGGAUGCACGUGGCCCUCCAACAGUACAAGACUGCUUUAGGCCCCGAGGCCUCUGCUCUUCUACAUGUUGAAGCAGAAGAUCAAAGUGGCCUCAGUAGUCCAGACACCAGAAAAGCCUGGAUUAGGAACAUUGCAGGAACAUCAACUGGCCCGUCUCAGCUCGACUCAAGAUGGCUGAUGCAGUCGCUGCAACUCAGCUUGUCAAUUUUCAGAUGCUGGUUAUAG